AUGACUCUGUUCUUCUACAAUUACCAUGAAUUCUCCAUAUACGACUACAAAAAGAUAGGAGAAUCAACGGUAAGAUCACAUGAUAAACCCUUAAUCAUUACCCACUUCGAUAACCCUUACAUUUCCCUUCUUUCUGCUGGUAAAGGCACGAGAAUAGUAAGGGUUCCAAGAGUUCAUGAUGUUCCGGGCGAUUCUUACAUCAGAUUCAGCACAGUGCUGCCUGGUGAAGAGCCUGCAGCUAUACGUGCUGAUGAGCAGACAGACAAGGAGCAUACGCUAGAAACACAACCAUUCACUAUCGAUGGAAUUUACGAAGAACAUGGGUAUGGACUCACUUCUCAUUCUCCAUUAUCUAAUAUUUUUACCGAUGAAGAGUUUCAGAAAGUGGUUACUGAAAUCAACAGACUACUCAAAGCUAAACGAAACUGGUGGAUGGAAAAAUUGAGUAUUCUUGCCUUUGGUAUCUUGUCAUUUUACACCCAGACCUCUGUUGAUGACUAUGUUAUUCAAAAGAAUAGAGAGUGGGAAGAGAAGAAUAUAGAUGCAAGAAUAGUGCCACCUUCUUGGAACGGCUACCUUAGCUUAGAUUUUGAGGUCUUAGAUCCAAUGUUAUUUGCAAUAGGUAGUGAGUCGAAAAAUGAACGUUAG